AUGAGCCGUCACUUUCGGUCUUCCUUCAUCUCAUUCUUUUCACAGUUCAGUCGCAAGUCCCAGAUCCAAUCCAACACCUCUCUCAGACCCAAUUCCACCUCCAUCGCAAUGGCCGCCAACAUCAAUAAUGCCGCCGCCUGGCUGACUGAAGCCAAGGCCCACCCCUUCCAGGUCAAGGAGGCACCCUCUCAUACCCCUGAGGAGAACGAAAUCCUGGUGAAAAACCACGCUGUGGCUAUCAACCCCGUCGAUGGGAGCCUGCAAUCCAAGGCCUGGUGGCCGAUGAACUACCCGACCAUCCUGGGCCAAGAUGUGGCCGGUGAGGUCGUGCAGGUCGGCCCCAACGUGACCCGUUUUCAGCCAGGUGACCGUGUGGUCGGUCACGCCGUCGGAAUGGCCACCAAGCGCACCCAGGACAACGCUUUCCAGGCAUACACCAUCCUGCAGACCAACAUGGCCAGCGGGCUCCCCGACGAAAUCUCCUACGAAGACGCCGCCGUCCUGCCCCUGGGUCUCUCUACUGCUGCCUCCGGUCUCUUCCAAGACCAAUUCCUCAAUCUACAGCUUCCCACGGAGCCACGCCAGCCGGCCACGGGCCAGGUUUUGCUGGUCUGGGGCGGAGCCGGCAGCGUGGGCAGCAACGCCAUCCAACUCGGCGUUGCGGCUGGAUACGAGGUGUUCACGACCGCCUCGACCAAGAACUUCGACUACGUGAAGAAACUCGGCGCCAGCCAAGUCUUUGACUACAACAGCGCCACCGUUGCCCAGGACCUCGUGAAGGCACUCCAGGGGAAGAACCUCGCCGGUGCCAUGGACUGCAUCGGGUUCGCCGCCACCCCGCUCACCGUGGAGGUUGUUACCAAGUCGGAAGGGGGGAAGUUCGUGUCGACCGUCAAGGGAGGGUUUCAGGCUCCCGAGGGUGUGACGGUCAAGAGCGUGUUUGGUACCACGAUCAAGGAUAACCAGGUUGGCCAGGCCGUCUAUGAAGAUUUCCUGCCUAAGGCUCUAAAGGCUGGGACCUUUACCCCGGCCCCGGGUCCCCUGAUUUCAGGGAAGGGAUUAGAGAGUGUGCAGGCUGCAGUCGAUCUGCAGGCCAAGGGGACUUCAGCCCAGAAGGUGGUAGUUUCUCUGUAA